AUGAACUCAAUGGAAAAUAUGGAAAAUUCAUCUAUUGCAAAUUUCAAUAAUCGUAAAUCUAGCAAUAACAACCAGGAAAAUGCUGUUAAUCAGAUGGUAGUGAAAAAACCUAUCAAGAGAAAAACCGCCUUGCCAUUGCAAGUUCCCGCAAAAAAGUUCAAAGAAGUUGUAGUUGUCGAGCAGCCGUCUCCGCCUAAACCAACCCCAUCAGCUUCAACAAUGGGAAUUGAUAUACCGAUGGAUCCAGACUAUAGCCGUUUGCCAAAAGACUUUGAACUGGGAAACUUGGCCAGAGAGAAAUUUGCAGGCAUCGUAAAGGCUGACCUAUCCGACCGAUAUGAAAUUCAAAUCUACUGCCGGCUCUUCGAACACUUCUCCUACUACCCAAUCUACAAAUUCGAUGAGGACGUCUGGAUUGCUGCUCACGACCACGCCGUAAAAGAAGUGAUCCGCUUCCGCACACCGCCUUCAGUUUUGAUGCAAGAAGCUCGGCGUCGUAGAAAGAGAAAUUGAACGUGAUGAACGUCACCUGUGUAAAUGAACAUUUUCUGUACAAAUUGUGUUUUUUCCAUAUUAUUAUUUUUGCCGUGUCUUUUAUUAAUAUCUGGGAAUUUACUAUUACCCAACAUUCCUGUCGCAAUGCCCACAACUUGAUUUCUUGUCCGAUUUUGAAUACCAACUUAUUCAUUUAUGAGCUUUUUAUGUGUCUUUAUUUGAGAUUUUACUUUGCUUGUUUUUGAUGUACAUUUGAAAGACUUCACUAUUUGUUUCUCUCCCCCCGCAAAAAUGAAAAAAGUUCAAUUAAAU